AUGUGCAGCCUUAGCAGAACCGAUCGAAAUGUUUAUGCUUCAGAUCAUAAAUUUAUAUAUUGUUCUUUGAAAAAGUUAUACAAGCUCGAAAUACUGCAUCUGUCUUCUGGUGAGCAUAUAAGUCUUAUCAACGUCGAUGAUAAUGCAAUGGAAUCAACAAAGAAUAAAAUUGUAGAAAUUUUACAAUUAAACGAUGAUGACAAUCAGGAUUCAAUUGUUCCUGAUGUAUUGAAUAAUGGUCGACAAGCGUUAGUCAAAUAUGAACAGGAUAUUAUACCAGAAAUCUACACAGAUGUAAUGAAGAAUGAUGACAAUAAACUGAUGACAUCAUUAAAAAAGUUUUUCCAACAACAAUGGGAAACACAAUAUGGCUCGUCUCAUCAAUGGUUUAUUUCAUUUCUUAAAGGAUAUGAAGUUGGAGAAAAUGUUGAUGUAUUUCAGCGUGUUUUAAACCGUACAGCUGAAUAUGGAAAUAGAUUUAUAAAACAUUGUCCACUUUUAUCGAUUGUUCUACAGCUUGUAUUUGAAAGUAUUGGUGAUGAAGAAUUACUUGAAGCGAAUGUUUUUGAUGAUCGCUAUUUAAAGGAAUCUAAUGUACACAAUAUAAAGUGCUUAGAAGAGAGAAAUGUCUGCGAUGAACUAUGGUUUUCAAUUACAAAUGAUGGCUUGACCUCAAUCACAAAGUAUCCUGAAUAUAUCAUCGAAGAUGUAAUGAACCAACAGUUAGACAAAACUCAGUCAACCUUAUUUCAUGCAUUGCGCGUAUAUUAUAGACCGCAACUGUUCUCACUGUUGGAAAUCCACAAAAUUCCUAACAGAGGAAAUCUGUAUGACUUACUACUGGAAAAUGUUGCUGAACACGGUUGGUUAAUGGGCUUAGAAACAAUUCAGAGACAAAUUACGCCAAGAUCUUACAGUAAUUUAUCAACAAGCAUCAAUUCUCUUCUGGAACAACGGAAGGCACAAAAACAGAAAGUGCAACAGCAAUCAAUACGGAAAAAUGAAGACGAAGUGCACCUAGAGACAAACAAUGUAACAUCAAACAACAUACAGUCGGAAUCAAGUAAUGCAAACUUGACAACAGCAUCUAGCAAAGAGUCAGGUAGUUAA